AAUAAAAUUGUGGAAGAAGAUAUAAAUAAAAAACCAUUAGGAAAUUAUUUUUUCAGAUUCCCAAUAUCAGAUCUUGAUUUAGACUUUAUUAAAUUAAAGUCCCCAAUUGUUCUUUUCAUCUUGGAUAGAAGAAUGACUAAAACUGAUAAAUCAUUUGGUCUUUCUCGAGUCUUACCAAAGUUAUUCUUACAAGCUAUGUCCGGUGAUCUACAAAAUGGUACCUUAUCAACUCUGCAUUUCCAAUACGUUUGUGAAAAAGUUAAUCGUAAUAAACUUGACAUCUUUUUCAGACAAUGGAUCCUUGGUGCCGGUGUUCCAAUUUUUAACAUAACGCAAAGUUUCAAUAAAAAACGUUCAAUGAUUGAAAUGAGUAUCAGACAAGUCCAACACCUGGAAACAAAGAAACCUCAUCCUAAUCCCCAAACUUUCAUUAAUGACUCCAUUUCUUAUCUUGAUGAUGAGCCUUCUUUUCCAAUUCAACCGGUGUUCCUAGGCCCAAUGACAAUUAGAGUUCAUGAGGCUGAUGGAACUCCAUACGAACAUAUUGUUGACUUGAAAGAAGGCGUUGUUCGUUUAGAUAUACAAUAUAAUUCAAAAUUCAAAAGAUUGAAAAAGAAUAAAGAAGAUAAUAAUGAACCAAAUAGUAAUUUCAGUAAACUUGGUGAUGUAUUAAUGUCUUCUCAAGAAAUACAAGAGUGGAAUUUAAGUGAUUGGGCUAGACAUGAAGAUGAAGUUCUAUAUAAUGACCCAUUUGAAUGGAUUAGGGUUGAUACUGACUUUGAGUGGAUUGCCAAAAUAAAUGUCAAACAACCGGAUUACAUGUUUGGAGCUCAACUACAAUAUGAUAGAGAUGUGGAAGCUCAAUACGAUGCAGUCAGUUAUUUCGGAGACAUAGAAAAGCCUAACCCCAUUUAUUGUUCGAUUCUUACUAGAACUUUAAUGGACAAAAGAUACUUUUAUGGUAUUAGAAUUGCAGCAGCUCAAGCACUUGCAUCUUUCUCUCGCCCUGACAAUAGAUUUAUCGGAAUAGAAUAUCUUUUGAAAGUUUACCAGAAAUUAUUUUGCUUUCCUAAUAGUUUUGUUCCCUCAAGCAAUGAUUUCAAUGAUUUCAAUAAUUUUUUCUUGCAGAAGGAAAUUCCAAAAAUAUUGAGCGAUGUAAGGGAUGAUGAUGGUAAUGUCCCUCAGGAAAUAAGAACAUUGCUACUUAACAUUGUCAAAUAUAAUGACAAUUCAAACAAUGAUUUUCAAGAUUGUUUCUACCUUUCUGAGUUGAUUAAGGCCCUCGCCAACAGUGCUUUGAAUACUAGCGGUGAGUUACAAGUUGAUAAUCCUCUCACAUAUGCUGAACUGGAAGAUAAUAAUUCUACCUCGAAGGAUAAGUUUUUGGAAUUAGCAGUUAGUGAAAUGUCUCGUCUACAAAAAUUGGAUGAGUGGAUUCCUUCGUAUCAAAAUAUAAUCUCCCUUACCUGCUUACAACAAAAGAUCGUUUUGGCAACUCACGGGAAGAUUCAGCUCACUUUCGAAGAUCUUUUGUACUAUACUUUGGAGAAGUAUCCUGUCGAAAUACGAGUUGCAGCUUUCAGAGGUAUUUUAAUUUUGGGUGGUCUAAAAAAUCGAGAUAUAUUGCAAUACUUUUUGAAGGUUUGUUUAUUAGAUUUUUCAGAUCACACUUUAAGAAAUAAAUUAAUCGACGCAUUCAUAAACUCAAUUUGCAUUGCCGCAAUAGAUGGAACUCCAUCUACUUUAGAUGAUCCAGAAUUCAAGACGCUUGAAAAACUUAUGGAAGCUGGUUCCAGGAUGACUACCAAUCAAACCAACAUGGUCAUUGUAGAAGAUACGUCGAACGCUGAAAUUAAUUCAAGAAGAGAUGCAUUUGCUAGAGAAACAUUAAAUGGUGCAAUCGAAUUGUUAAGAAGGGACUACUCGAUUGGUCAAGGAUUGAAAAAUACAUUUUGGGAACUUAUUCAUUCUUCUUUACUAAGUGUUUACGAAAGAAGAAAUAUAUUCAGUAUUUGUCAAAUCCUUUAUAAAGAGAUUGACAGCUUUGUCGUUAGGGUACCAGUUCCUAGUGUUGCCUUGAAUGAAUUGAAGAAGAAGAUUGUACUUAAAAAUGUUGGUGGGGGUAAAGUGGUCAUCAAGAGAGAAGGAAGAUUCAAAAUUCAAUUGUCUUCAUUCAAAUCGAAUAAUGAAAAGAAUUCAGAGAAGGCUAAAGCCCCACAAGAACCUUCACCAAUCAAACCAGCCACCGAGCCAAAAUUGAAGAUAAAACUUUCUUCGGGCGCAGAACCAAGUGAAAAGAAGGUUACUAAAAAGCCAGAAGCUAAAAAGCCAGAAGUUAAAAAGCCAGAAGCUAAAAAGCCAGAAGCUAAAAAGCCAGAAGUUGCAGUCACCAAAAAGGCCGAAAAAGAACCACAAUUGGUAGUAGCUGAUCCUAAAAACAAGUAUAAAUUAACUUUCAAAUUCAAAAAGAGAUCAUUACCAGCAGAACCUGACGUGUUUGAAAUCCCCAAGCCUUCUCCAAAGAAAAGCAAUUCCAAGAUUACCUUCAAAUUCACGAAUAAAAAGAAUAGAGAAAUCAUUAGGGAUAUUCUUGUACCAAAGAAUGAAGUACCAAGGUAUGUUAAAAUUCUUACCAAAGAAAAGAAAGUUCUAGUAUCUGCCCAGCCAUUUCCUGAAUCCAAAGAUUCAGCAGUUUCUGAAGAGACACCAAAUGAGACUCCCAUAAUCGAUGACACUAGUAAUGGAGGCGAAGCUAUAAGCUCCAUCAACAAUGCCAAAGAUGAGAGUCAGAAAGCAAGUCUGGUGAAGAAUUCAGAUGAUACAACAACAGAUGAGAAAUUAUCAGAAAAUAAACGAAAGAUCAAGCUCAAUUUUUCAAAAAACCCUCCAACUAAUAAUAUGAAGUCAAUAACAACACCAAACGGAUCCAGACCACCUUCCAGGCCACCUUCAAGAAGUGCCCUGGUAGAACCAGAAGCCAAAUUAGAAACAAAACCUUUUGAAAGAGCAGCGUCUCCCUUUUCAAAAUCCAGUAGUCCGUUUUCUUCCAAUCAAGGAACAAAGAAGAAGAAAACUAAGAUCUAUAUUCAUCCAGGUGAAGAGAAAAGCCGAUCUCUGACACCCCCCGAAGAAAAUAUCAAGAAAGAACAAACUUCUUUGGCAGAAACUGAGUCUGGAAGAGAUACCCAAGAGAAAAAUGAUGAAUCAUCUCGUAAAAACAGUGAUGAUUCCCGUCCAAAGCCAGCAUUCAAACUAAAACUUAACCUAAAGUGAGCUAACACUCAUGAGUAAGAACUCUACAUUAUUAAAUUACAUAGAUAUAACAACUUGUACUAUAUUACGAUAUCAUUUUAUACUUUAACGAA